GAUCUUUCGAUAGAUCAAAAUGUAGACUUUCCAUAUUUUGGAUCACAAAACAUUUCACUUUUCUCCUUAUUAUGCUCCAGUAGUAGCGAUGAGUACCUUUGACGAGAUGUCAUCUGAAGGGCGUAGCCCCACCAAAAAUGUAGUCAAAGAUCUAUUUACCUUCUCAACUUUGGUAUGAACGUCUCUUCGGACUCAAGCGACAGUGUCUUCACUCGGUGCCUCAGUAUGGGAUCCAAGACCUCUGAUGAAUAUCAGCAGACUCCUAAUGGUACGAAAUCCCUUUGCAGAUGACAUAGUCACGAAUUAACAACUAACAAUUUACUUCGUAAUGCAGCUUCUGACUCUAUCGAGCUCAAGCCAGCCAAGCAAAGUACGAAGCUUUCACAAAGGGCUUCGACCUUGGCAGAUUUGGAUCGCGGAAUUAUUGGUGAUGAUGAUGAUGAAGGACCUGGAGUGAAUAUACUUCUGUCUAAUGGCGAGUUAUAAUCCCCCGAUCGGAUAUUUAACCUUCGAGUCAGUUACAUGUAAAAGAAGUUGUAACACUAACUUAAUGAUCUAUGUGCAGAAAACAAAAAGAAGCGUAAGAAGCCAAAGAAGAAGAAGAAGUUAGCGGAGCUUGGGCAAAGCACUCCACCUCGCGUGCUUGUUUCUAGUCUGUUUCCGUUCGGGUUUCUCGAGGGGGAGCUUAUGCCAUAUGAGAAUACAUCUCGUGUUACAGACGAGGAGUCACGUUUUAACUCUCGCCUCUGGGACGAAGGAUUUCUUGACGAUUACCGUGAGGCCGCGGAGAUCCAUCGUCAGGUUCGUCAGUAUGCCCAGAAGGAGCUCAUCAAACCAGGCGCAAGUCUUCUGUCCAUUGCUGAUGAGAUUGAGGAUGGAGUUCGUGCAUUAUCUGGCCAUCAGGGACUUGAAACUGGAGAUAGUCUGAAAGCAAGCAUGGGUUUUCCCACUGGGCUAUGCCUAAACAAUAUCGCAGCCCAUUGGACGCCGAAUCCAGGGGGAAAAGAUGUAAUCCUGCAAAAUAGUGAUGUACUAAAGGUGGACUUUGGUGUGCAAAUAAAUGGUCGUAUUGUCGAUUCAGCAUUUACCAUCACUUUCGACCAUAUGUACGACAACCUCCUUACCGCUGUAAAGGAAGCAACCAAUACUGGCAUUCUGGUACGUCUAAUCCAUUAGAAGCUUCGAACUUGAAUUGAAGCUUACAAGCUGAUCAAAUAUAGCAUGCUGGUGUCGACGCGAGAAUGAGUGAUAUCGGAGCUGAGAUCCAAGAGGUGAUGGAAAGUUACGAAAUAGAGAUUGGAGGUAAAUUCUUACCAGUGAGAUCUAUUCGAAACAUUACAGGUCAUGACAUUCUUCGAUAUCAUAUACAUGGCGGCAAACAAGUCCCCUUCGUCAGAAAUAAGAAUCGGGACAAGAUGGAGGAGGGUGAGGUAUUUGCCAUUGAGACUUUUGGCAGCACUGGAACGGGAUAUCUACGUGAUGAUGUAUGUAUUGUAUUCCGCUCCCAUCUUCAAUGUCUUGGGGAUAUGCUCUGAUUAGCUGGCAGUUGGGUAUUUAUGGCUACGGGCGAAGCGAUGUCAAAAGUGCUGAUGUGCAACUCUCGUCCGCUAAGUCUUUACUUAAAGCCAUCGAAGCGAACUUUGGGACCUUGGUUUUUUGUCGUCGAUAUUUGGAGCGUCUUGGAGUGAAGAACUAUCAUCUCGGAGUGAGUGACAUGGUUGGACCAUUGCGUAUUGAGAACUUGUUAACCUGAGGUGCACAGAUGAAAAGCUUGAUAGACAAGGGAAUUGUGGAGUCUUACGCUCCACUCGUCGACGUGAAGGGCUCAUACACAGCACAAUUUGAACAUGUAUGGAACACUCCCGGGGAACCCCGCUUCAAGGCUAAUCAUUACUUUCAGACGAUUCUUCUCCAUUCUGGUGGUAAAGAAGUGAUCAGCCGUGGCGACGACUAUUAGGCAUUCGCAUUUGCAUUUACAACUGGGGUCUCGUCUACAUAUCUUUUCUAUGCUUCAAUGGAUAUCAAUGGCUGAGGAUUUGGAUAUUCUACAUAUCAUUUUUUGUUUGGCCUAGAAUAGCACAUCUACUGCCAGAACUCGAUAGCUACCUCGAACAUAACAUAGAAUUUCAAUGCUAAGUCAGCUAAAGCACCAUUGCGCUUC